UGCAGAUCUAUCUUCCCAGCACAACACAGGCCUACAUUGUUGCAUUGACCGCACGGAUUGAUUAUUGCCGCGCAAAGAAAAAUUAUAUUUGAUUUUGUCUCGGGAAAUGGGCUUUGAAUAGCCAUCAGUAGGCCUUAUCUUCUGUUCCGUAUAGACUGUAAUGGUAUAGCUGUGGAAACCAAUGAUUGGGCUAAUGAAUAGAGCUGAUGAAUUACCCUACUGUCUCCCGGGGAGACGGAGAAGUAAACAAUAGAAAGCUGAGCCCUGACCUAGAGACAAAAGUCGUCUACAAAGCAGUAGUGAUUGGGGGCACAUCCGCACUCAGUUCUAAAUUGACACAAUUUGUCUUUGCAAAGUUAGAAUGGAUACGAAAGGCAACAAACGCGCAACUUCAGCAGGCUACCGAUUGCCAGACCCACCUAACGUCGCUUUGAUAUCACAGUCCUCCGUCUCUGUGUACAAACUUCCGCCGAACAGGACUCGAAACACCCGCGGCGGAGAGAGUCCUUGGGAGAACCCCGACUCUCGCGACCCAGUCAAACAGGAUCAAGUCUGGCGCGAGUUCGUGCGUGCAGAGAGGAAUGGAGUGAAAGAAUGGCAGAAGAAUUGGAGUUUUCUCAAGAACUAUGAUCAGCUGGGUAACCACAGGGCAGAGAGCCCUUUACCAAACUAUGUGCCAGUGUUUUCUGACCAUAUCCCCAACACCACCAACCAGAUGUUUGGGAGUCGUGUGUGCACACCACUGGGCAGGGAGCUGAUGAGAAUGGAUAAGCUGUUAAUUGAAAGCUAUAGGAAGUGCAAGCAGGGUCCAGAUAUGCAGCCUUGCUAGCAUCAGCAAGGAAUAAGACUCACCCAAGAAUGCCCACUAUCAAUCUCGCCUUCCAAAAGAGAGCAUAUCAGUUGCGUUUUAAAGGUGUAUCUCAUGUUCAUGUCGCUAGUGAUGUCUGAUAUGUUCCUUGAAUUGAGGUUUUACUCAUAUUCUUUGGAGGCUUGCUUUACAUUAGGAGCACCAUUUUCAAGAAAUCUAUUGUAACUGAUAGCUGCUCAUGUGUUUGACCUGUGAAGAGUUUACAUAUUGCCAAUAGAUCUAGUCGAGACUCUACUUAACUCAGAAAAUGAUGCCAUUUUUGUUAAAUUUCUGUUAUAUUUCUCAAUAAAGAAGUACUGUAUAUUGUAA